AUGGCAGAUAAAGAUAUAAUAAUAAUAAUUUUUAAAACUGUUAAUCCAUUGACAGGUGAAGGUUCAUGCAACAGCAAUGAUGGGUACCCUCAGCGCACACCACCGGACAAGUCACCACCUCCCAGCGACGACGACACCCCUCGCCCCGGCGAUAAGAAAAAGCAUCGUCGCAACCGCACCACGUUCACCACAUACCAGCUGCACGAGCUGGAGCGAGCCUUCGAGAAGAGCCACUAUCCAGACGUGUACUCUAGAGAGGAGCUGGCUAUGAAGGUGAAUCUGCCAGAAGUCAGGGUUCAGGUAAGUGAUUACUUUUAUGUAUUCACUAGUAAUCCAAUCUGGCUUUGCCUGGAUAUGAUGUAA